AUGAAAGAAGUCAUUCGAUUGAUUGCUAAUGUCAGUCCUCGUGCUCUGUCAAGUUAUGAUAAGCAAACUUCACUGGAAGACGCUACCGCAGUAGACGGACUCGCAUCCAUGGCUGCUGCAAUCUCACUUGAUGCUGGAGACGAGCCGCAAGAAGCAUUGCAGCUUCUUGAGCAGGGUCAUGGCAUUAUCGGUGGAGGGUUGACCGAACUACGAACCGAGAUCUCGGACUUGGAAACCGCUCACCCCGACCUGGCUCAGAAAUUCGAGCAUAUUCGAAACCAGCUUGAUUUGCCGGAACAGCUGGGAAAUGAAUUGGACAAUGCGCCCGGCGGUGUCAAUCGACGUCACAUACUUCAAGACGGUUUAACGCUCACUAUCGAGGAGAUUCGAGGCCUUCCAGUAUUUGAAGGCUUCCUUUGUCCCUUGACAGUGAAUCAAAUCAAGUCAACAGCGAAUAUUGGACCUCUAGUCUUCGUCAACGUUGGCCACUUUUUCUGCGAUGCAUUCAUAGUCCAGGAGGAAAAGAUAGGUCUUGUGCCACUUCCCGAUGUUGACGUCCCCAAAACACUGGAAAUGGCAUCCAAACUACGCACCGACACUGCCUCAGUGCUGGAGUGGCUGUGGAACAGCAUCGCAAAUCCCGUUCUCAACUACCUGGGUUUUCUGAAGAAGCCUUCUGAUGAGUUUUGGCCUCAUAUAUGGUGGGCUACCACGGGCCUCAUGUCGUGGUUUCCUCUCCAUGCUGCGGGGAUCUACUCGUAUCCAUCCGAUGAAACUGUCCUCGACCCUACGGAGGUCCGAAUGCUGCGGGAUCUUUGCCCAGAUCUAGGUCUUCACCCUGUGGAGCCGGUAUGCCCAACAAGAGACAGCGUUCUAGAACAGCUGAAGAAGUGCAAGGUUUUCCACUUCGCCGGCCAUGGGAUAUUUGACCUAAGAGAACCCUCCCAGAGUUGCUUAGCUGUCCACGACUGGGAGCAGAACCGGCUCACAGUGGGAGAUCUCCGCGACCUCCGACUGCACGAAGAAGCUCCUUUCCUCAGCUACCUAUCAGCCUGCUCGACAAGCUCAAUUACUAAGGACAAGCUGAUUGGCGAGGGUAUUCAUUUGGUGAAUGCUUGCCAACUAGCUGGUUUCCGUCACGCCGUUGGAACUUUAUGCGAGGUCUCGGAUAAACACUGCGUGGAUGUCGCUAGAAUUUUAUAUUUGACCCUCAGAGAAAAAGGUCUCACGGAUGAAGCAGUUUACCACGGACUACAUCGAGCAGUAAGAAGCCUGAGAGAGAGAGGCUUAGGAGGGGGAAAGGGACCAGUGCCACCGGGUUCGGAGAGUGGAAGUGUGAAGAACAGCCCGACGACGGGGACCAGCCAGAACCUGCAACAAGCACCACAACAGUUGACUUAG